GUGUAAGCACUGGGAAUAGACGCAGACUGGCUCAUUGCUAGAAAGCCGCUGAACGCCCUUGGACGGCCACCGCUACAUCCCGCCAUGGGCUACAGGAUAGCCACCGGUCUGGAAGGGUUGGGUUUUGACGGACUCAACCUAAGCUUCGCUGGAUUAGGCAUCAGCAUUCCUUGCACGGCGGGAGGCGCUGGUGACGCCGAUGGCGGCAUUCCAGUGUCUUGCUGUCACAUUCUCGAACGGCUAUCCGCAUGGAAUCGCUUCCUCUGGCACGUCGGCUUGCAGCUGCGAGAGCUCACGGCACCUGGAGAACUGUCCCUUGUGCGGGUCGUCCACUGGGGCAGCGGCGGACUCCAGCAAGAAGUGCGCAGUCGCGACGCACGGUUUCUCUUCUACCUGCUCUUGGUGCGGCAUUGUUGCGUCGUGAGCGUUCACCUCGACGAAGUCAUCUGCGAAGGAAGUGGGCUCGGCGAGUACCGAGAGCAAGUCGUCUCGGCGCUUCAGCAAAACACAAGUCUGAGGGCGUUGACCCUCGGUGGCCUAUUCGGUGACUACAGGUGCAUUCGGGAGGACAUGUUCAAGGCGAUGGCAACUAUGACGAACCUGCGAGAACUGGGCAUCUCGGGCACCGGUGCAAUGCCCUCAGACCUACUGGACGCGAUUUGUCCGCUCCUGGUGGACACGAUGAGUCUGACCACUCUCUCGCUGCCGGGACUCGUUUUUGGCGCGGAAGACGGGCGGCGCCUCCUCGACGCGCUUCGGCACAACGACACAAUCGCGAACCUGUCCUUGCACGGCAGCAUUGUUCAUUCGUAUCUACCAAACGGAGUGUCCAGGUUCUCCCGUUUUCUGAGCACCAGUAUUCGGCUGUGCUCUCUGAGCGUGGACGGUGUGCAUUCGGAUGCAGCAAACACGUACAACGAGCUAGCAUGCAUGACCACAGCGCUCGUCGUUUGCGGCAUGCUCUCCAAGCUGAAACUUGCCGGCUUCCUUCUGAACGCCGACUGCGCGAGCCUGUUUGCCAGUCUCGUGUCUCGGAAGGGCGGGCUCCUCGCACACCUCGACAUUAGCGGCUGCCACUGGAGAGCGGAGUUGUGGCCUCGGGUCGGCGCUAGACAGAUGCACUUGGAACAACCAGGUCCCGCCUUCUACAAACCCAUUUGUCCCUGGCUUCAGGGGUUUGACAGUACGCGGGUGGAACUCUCGUUUCUCGCGCUCAGCUUCGCGGGACUCACGCCAGAGGACCUCGGAGCCCUCUUAAACACCGCUGCCACCGUUGAAUCCCUCGGGACCAUCUCGGUCAGUAACGUGUCAAUGUGCGAACUCAAGGAAGUUUGCCAAGUCAUCCGGGAGAGCGGAACGAGCGACCGAGUCCGUAUAGAAGGCGAAUACAUUGUCGACUCGGCGGUACUAAAUAUGCUCCAGGAGUUUCCAGAACGGUUACGCCACGUGGUCAUCAGUUCGUUCAGCGAGCCGAGGCCGGAGGCUUUCGGAAACGCUGUUCAGCUGGCGUGCUCCUGGUACCAGCUGACUACGCUCAGGCUGCUCCUGACGCAGAGUGUUCUAAGCGAUGUCGCCACGGUGCGCUUGUUGAGCGAGUGCUUGAGCACUACUACCGGGUUAACGGAGCUCGAGCUGAGUGGAUGUUACAAGACAGACCUCAGCCGCUCUCUUCGAGCAGCAGACAACACUCACAGCGUUCUUCUCGAGGCUAUCUUUGACAACCCGGGCGUCCGAGUGCUGCAAAUCACCGGGUUCCGUCUAGGCCGGGCCAACUUGUGGUUCCUGGCUGACGAGGUGGUCACCAGCGAGACGCUGUGCGAAGUCUCCUUCGCAUCCUGUGACAUAUUUGAGAACGAAACGUUUCUUCAGUUCCUCGCUGCAGACUUCCGCGAGAACAAGUUGAUCUUGCGAUUGCAAGUUUUGGAAUCUGUGGACGAAGAAACGCGAGACGAGCGGUUUGUCCUCGAAGAUCUUCUCAGUCGCAACAUAGGAUACGUCACGUGUGCGGCACACUUUAUAGUCAAUCGCGUCCACUUGGCGCGCUGCGCUGAAGCCUACGCGACCGUAUCGCACAGCGCAGCCCUGAAUGAAAAAAUCCAGCAGCUCACGUCCGUGAAAGAUGCCGAAGCGAAGAGCAUGAUCCGAAGCAUCCUGGAGUAGUCGCGAACCAUUCUAAGGAAUUUUUUGGAUGUUGUGAUUUUUAGCAAGUGUCGCGUGUAGUAUCAGACAAAGAGGGCCGCUGCGUUCUCUGCUAUACUAUGUUUCCUCAUUAUUCAAUCGUUUAACAUUUGAUUGUCUUGUUCCGCGUUUACGUGUGCAUGUCCUCAUCUGCCUAUUGGUACUAUCCUUGAGUGAGUGGUACGUUGCGUAUUCAGCGCUGUGGUCUUCGACAAUUAACAACUAUCUGCUCUUCCAUUCCAUCAACCUGCUUUUCUACGAAGAUGAGUUCGCCACUAGUUUUAUAUUUUAGUCUCAUAGGAGUCUAUUAUUAGCAAUGUUACCCAUGUUCAUUGCUAUAUUACCGGUUUGCCUGUU